AUGACCACUACCCGCACUGGCUAUAUAUACAACAAGGGCAAGAUGCCCCAGGGACCCCCCGUCACUGAUGUGUCCGCUACCGAACCCCCUGAUCGUGGAGGAGCCGCACCGUUUGUGCCGCAGCCAGUGCAGCACCGAUCAUACCAGCACACCAUCCAAAUCUACCACUUCCGCACCAACUUCCUAUCAGUCAACAAGUUCCGCAAGCUGCUCACCGACCAUGCUGCAUUCGGCUACGUCGACACCCUGAUCGGGCCCGACACGCAAAUCAACCUCUUCCGCCCAGACGGCGACGAGCUGCCCGCCAACACCAUCGAAGUGGCCUACCUCCCCAACAUCUUCAACAAGAAGUUCGUCAAGGGCGGCGGCUUCGCUCUGGGCUUCCGCACGCACGACUGCCGCACCAAGAAGCUCAAGAAGUACAAUAUGCCCAUCAAGGCUGACAAGACCAUCGAGUGGUUCUGCUUCGACCGGGCCAUCGAGCGCACGAUUCUGCGCAGCUGGAUUUGCGAGCUCAGCACGCGGACCAUGCGCCCGAUGCAUAGCGUGGACAGCAACGAUCCCAAGCUACUCUUCGAUCAUGUCGCGGAUCUGUGGAAGGGCACGUUGAAGAGGACGGUUGGGGAUGCGCAUCAGGAGCACAAGGAUUGGCAUUGGUCGCUGGAGCAGGCGCAUCUACGUACGCUGAAGCUUUGCGAGGGCGUGUGUUGA